AUGGUUCUUGCGAAGGCCUCGGGGCGCCCCGGAGGGGAAGGGGGGAUCCGGAGGGGGGGAGGGAGCGGUGACCCCGGGGUUGCGGGCGGGGAGGGGGGGGGGGAGACUUGGGGCCUGGGGCACGGGGAGGCCCGAGGGGAGGAGGGCGGCGCGGCGGAAACCCGAAGCAGAGACGCCUGGCGGCUGAGGCUGCGGCGUCAGCAGCGACGCGGUGUCUCCACGGCACAAGGCACUUACCCGGCCGCCCGGCGCCCGAGGCCUGGGACCCAAUCCCGGGAGGAAGGCCUACAAGUCGAGGGCUCCGCGGUGGCGGCGAUCCCCCUCCGCGCGCCAGACUCUGCCGUAAGUCCCGCCUACAGCGCCGGAGUCAAUGAGCGGAGGCGACUUCCAGCCGCCGGCUCCGCCUCGCUGGUGACGUACAGAAGGAGCAGCCAAUCACCGACAGGGAUUGGGACUGCCCUAGCCUAUCGGAGAUCGAGGCUGGAGCUCCGCUCGCCUCCUUUGCCUCCAGUGGGCACAAAGAUCGAAAUUUUCUUGAGUGACCACAAGAGGGCAGCAUCAAGAAGUCAGAAGCAGCAAACAGCUGAUUUCAGUACCAACUCUGCAUUUGGGAUACAGAAGUGACAGCUCUUGGCUCUGGUCAUGGGCACUCCAAAUAGAACUCUGAUUCAUCCAGCCUAUUUCCUACUGGUGGGCAUUCCUGGGUUGGGUCCUAACACACACUUUUGGCUGGCUCUCCCACUGUGUUUUAUGUAUGCCCUGGCUACUCUGGGCAACCUGGCCAUCGUCCUUAUCAUUCGUGUGGAGAGUCGCCUGCAUGAGCCUAUGUACCUCUUCCUAGCCAUGCUUUCUACUACUGAUCUCAUCCUCUCCUCUGUUACCAUGCCCAAGAUGGCCAGUCUUUUCUUGACUGGUGUCCAGGAGAUCGAGUUCAAUAUUUGCCUGACCCAGAUGUUCCUUAUCCAUGCUCUGUCUGCCAUGGAGUCAGCUGUUCUUUUGGCCAUGGCUUUUGACCGCUUUGUGGCCAUCUGUCAUCCUUUACGCCAUGCCUCGGUGCUCACAGGGCCAACUGUGGCCAAGAUUGGGCUAGCUGCCUUGAUCAGGGGAUUUGUAUUCUUCUUCCCACUGCCUUUCAUCCUGAAGCGCUUGUCAUACUGCCGAGCACAUACCGUCACACAUUCCUUCUGUCUGCACCAAGAUAUUAUGAAGCUGUCCUGUACUGAUACCACGGUCAAUGUGGUUUAUGGACUCUUCAUCAUCCUCUCAGUCAUGGGUGUGGACUCCCUCUUCAUUGGCUUCUCCUACGUCCUCAUCCUGCGGGCUGUGUUGGCACUGUCAUCCCGAGGGGCAGCGCUCAAGGCAUUUAACACCUGCAUCUCCCAUCUCUGUGCUGUUCUGGUCUUCUACGUGCCCCUCAUUGGGCUCUCAGUGGUGCACAGGCUGGGCGGCCCGACCUCCCUGGUCCAUGUAGUGAUGGCUAAUAUUUAUCUUUUGUUGCCACCGGUAGUCAAUCCCAUUGUCUAUGGAGCCAAGACCAAGGAAAUCCGCUCAAGGAUCACCCAUAUAUUCUCCCAAGGUGAGAGGUGA